AUGGAGGGGUUGACUGCGUUUGUAGCGUGUGCUGGGGUUCGGAGGGCCGUGCUUUCCUGUUCGGCUCGUUUCUGUAGCCAGAGUAAGGUUCCGAACGCGUACAACGCUGGCACGAAGCUCCUAGUAACAGCCUGCCGAGGCGGCGCUCGGCUCCUUGUGGCAGACGCUGCUUCAGAAGUAGCUGCUAAAGCAGAAGAGCCGCCCGCCAGGGGCAGUCUCGAGAGUCGCCAGAAGCAAAACGGUUCGAGAACGGCAGACGACCGCAUUGUCGUGAUCGGGUUGUCGCACCACACUGCGAGCGUUGACCUGCGUGAGCGGCUCGCAGUUCCUGAGUCAGAAUGGAAGGAGGCUGCAGCUCUCGUUGUCGAGGCCUGCCCAAGCGUGAACGAGGUUGCUUUGCUGUCCACCUGCAACCGCUUCGAAGUGUACUUUGCAUGUGCUGACACGAAGCGCGGUAUUCUAGAGGUAACAAAGUUCCUCAGCCAGCGGAGCGGUAUCGAAAUACCAGAACUGCGAAGCCAUCUCUUUAUGCUCGUCGAAGAGGAUGCCAUUUGGCACUUGUUACGCGUCUCCGCUGGUUUGGACUCGCUCGUUGUUGGUGAAGGUCAGAUCUUGGCACAGGUGAAACGAUGCUACGAACGAGCGACGGAGCCGGGCGGCAUGGCUGGAAAACUGCUCACAAGGCUGCUCAACGCAGCAGUGUCAGCGGGGAAACGUGUUCGGACUGAAACAGGUAUAUCGAAAGGAGCUGUUUCCAUUAGCUCGGCUGCUGUAGAACUGAUGGUUGCACGGUACGCAGACGACAUCCUGGGGGGCCUACAUGCAGCUCCAGUUGAGGAUAUGAACAACGUUUCAGCCGCUUUGACGAGUACGCAGGUCUGCAUUGUUGGAGCUGGUGCCAUGUCACGGCUUCUAGUGACGCACUUGCUCUCACGAGGUGUGACCCGCAUAACGAUCGUGAACCGGAGCUUGCAGCGGGCACGUGACCUGCUUAAGCAGUUUCCAGAUGUAGAUAUUGUUAUCCGGCCUAUGAGUGAAUUGUUUGAUGCGGUGAUCGAAGCAGAUGUCGUCUUUACAUCCACAUCAUCUCGUGAACCUCUUCUUACCGCGGAUAACCUUGAAGAACACUUCUCCAGAGCUGAAGCCGCUCUGCACUCUCGAAUCUUCAUUGACAUAUCGGUUCCUCGGAAUAUUGCGGAGGACGUGAAUAGAAUCGACGGUGUUCACGCGUACAACGUUGACGACCUUAAGGCGGUGGUGGCACGUAAUCAGCUACGUCGCCGCCGCCUGAUGAUCGAAGCGGAAAAUCUGUUGCGGGAUGAGCUGCGCCAGUUUCGAAACUGGCAGUCGAGUCUGGGUUGCAUUCCGGCGAUAACGAAGUUGCAGGAUCGAGCGGAGGAUAUCCGGCUCGAGGAGCUGGCGAAGGUUACGGGGAAACUCGCCGACUUGACGGACAAGGAACGCGAUGCUGUUGAGCGUCUCACCAAAGGAAUCGUGAACAAGCUUCUACAUGGCCCGCUAAGUCAUCUUCGGGGGUUACAAGACAUCGACGAGCGGCGAGAAACAAUUAAGAACUUGGAGAGCAUGUUUCGCCUAUAG